AUGUUUGCUCGUCUUAGACUGUGCAAUGAUGGUAGUUUAUUAGCAGAACUGCAAGUAAGACCAACUUGGACGGAUCAAAUUAAGGGGAAACAGUUGUUAGAUGAUUUGUUGGUUCCUUGUUUUAGAGAAGUUGAGAAAGGUGAGACUGUGGAUUUUGGGUUGAAUAGUGAGGGGGUAUUAUGUUUUCGAGGUAGAGUUUAUAUGCCGAGAGAUCAUGAUCUGAGGCAGUCUAUUUUGCGCGAAGCGCAUAACAGUCUAUAUGCGAUGCAUCUAGGUGAAAACAAAUUAUAUCGAGACCUUCGUGAGUUGUAUUGGUGGCCAGGGUUGAAACGUGAAGUUACGGAGUAUAUGAGUAAGUGCCUGACUUGCCAGCAAGUUAAGGCUGAGCAUCAACUACCUUCCGGAUUGUUGCAGCAAGUUAAAAUUCCGCUUUGGAAGUGGGAGAGGACAAAGAUCCUAGUUUCACAUCCUAGUUAUGAAAGAAGCUACAUGAGCCUUUGGGUACAAGACUGGAUUACAGUACGGCGUUUCACCCUCAGACGGAUGGGCAGUCUGAAAGGGGGCAGUUGGGAGGAUUAUUUAUCAUUGGCAAAAUUUGCGUAUAGCAACAACUACCAGUCUAGCAUUCAGAUGGCACCGUAUGAGGCGUUAUACGGUCGUAGAUGUCGUACUCCUACUUGUUGGACUGAGUUGGGGGAGCGACGGAUUCUGGGGCCAGAAUUAAUUUCUGAUACAGAGGACAAAGUAAAACUAAUCCGAGACCGGUUGAAACAAGCGUCUGAUAGACAGAAGUCUUAUGCGUACCAAAAGCGAAAAGAGAUCGAGUACGCUGUGGGAGAUUAUGUCUUUCUUAAAGUAUCACCGUGGAAGAAAAUAUUGAAGUUUGGGUGA